CCUCCGGGCCCCGAUGGCUCCGCGAGGGCUUGCGGACGAGGCUGGACGCUGGUGGGGACUCGCUCUCGGCUUGGCCGCCUUCUUCCUCCCAGGUGCCCACGCCCAGAUGGUGCAGGUGAACGACUCCAUGUACGGGUUCGUCGGCACCGACGUGGUGCUGCACUGCAACUUCGCCAACCCGCUGCCCAGUGUGAAGAUAACCCAGGUCACCUGGCAGAAGGCGACCAACGGCUCCAAGCAGAACGUGGCCAUCUACAACCCGGCCAUGGGCGUCUCGGUGCUGGCCCCCUACCGCGACCGCGUGCAGUUCCUGCGGCCCUCCUUCACCGACGGCACCAUCCGCCUCUCCCGCCUUGAGCUGGACGACGAGGGCGUCUACAUCUGCGAGUUUGCCACCUUCCCUGCGGGCAACCGAGAGAGCCAGCUCAACCUGACCGUGAUGGCCAAACCCACCAACUGGAUCGAGAGCAGCCAGGCAGCGCUCCGUGCGGAGAAGGGGCGGGACGAGAAGGUCCUGGUGGCCACCUGCACCUCGGCCAACGGGAAGCCGCCUGGCGUGCUGUCCUGGGAAACGCGGCUGAAGGGGGAGGCUGAGUACCAGGAGGUCCGGAACCCCAACGGCACGGUCACCGUUGUCAGCCGCUACCGCCUGGUGCCCGGCCGGGAGGCCCACCUGCAGCCCCUGGCCUGCGUCGUCAACUACCACGUGGACCGCUUCCGGGACAGCAUCACCGUCCACGUGCAGUAUGAGCCUGAGGUGACCAUCGAAGGGUUUGAUGGGAAUUGGUACCUGCAGCGGAUGGAUGUGAAGCUCACCUGCAAAGCCGACGCUAACCCCCCGGCCACCGAGUACCACUGGACCACGCUGAACGGCUCUCUGCCCAGGGGCGUGGAGGCCCAGAACAGCACCCUCCUCUUCAGGGGACCUAUCGACUACAGCCUGACGGGGACCUACGUCUGCGAGGCCACCAACCCCAUCGGCACCCGCUCUGGCCAGGUGGAGGUCAACAUCACAGAAUUCCCCUACACCCCAUCGCCUUCGGAGCAUGGGCGGCGGGCCGGGCCGGUGCCCACGGCGCAAUGGCUACAGCAAGGCGGGCGUCCCCCAGCACCACCCACCGCUGGGCCAGAGCCUGCAGUACCCCGACGACUCGGACGACGAGAAGAAGGAGAGGAGGAAGAGGAGGAGGAGGGCGGUGGGGGCCGCGAGUGCAAGGUGGGGGGCACGCACCCCAAGUACGACGAGGACGCCAAGCGGCCCUACUUCACGGUGGACGAGGCCCAGGCCUGUCAGGACGGCUACGGGGACCGGACCCUGGGCUACCAGUACGACCCCGAGCAGCUGGACUUGGCCGAGAACAUGGUUUCUCAGAACGAUGGGUCUUUCAUUUCCAAGAAGGAGUGGUACGUGUAGCCCCUCCGCCCGCGCGCCCGCCCCCUCCCCGGCGACCCUCCCGACUCCCAGGGAG